AUGAAGCUAAAGGGGUCUCUGGCCUGCCUCCUGCUGUUCCUGCUCCUGGGCAGCGGGGAGGCUAGCCCGCUGCAGGGUGGAGAGGAGGAUGCUGGAAGAGAAGUUGGGGAAUCCAUUGGACAUGGGGUGGGGGAGGCCCUUGGACACGUGGUGGGAGAAGCCGUCAUCCACGGAGUCGAGGAGGCCAUUGAACGAGGGACUGGAGAGAAAGCAGGCUUGGGAAUCAGGGAGGCCAGGGACCCCCACUUGGGGGAUGCUCUUGCCCACAAGCUUAAGGAAGCGAGCCACGCUCUUGAAAACACUGGGAGCGAGGCUGGCAGACAGGCUGAGAAUAUCAUCGGACAUGGAGUGGACCCUGCCCACAGCUCCUGGCAGGGGACUCCCGGCAGCAAUGGAGCUUGGGGAGGCCCUGGAGGCCCAGGGGACACCCGGGACCACGUGUUCUCUGGAGGCUCAGGUGGCCGCUUUGGAGCCAAUGCUCAGGGAGGCUCCUGGGGCCAGGGAGGCCACAGAGGGCCAUUCAACCUGGGGGCCAACCCUCAGGGAAGCAGCAGCAGUGGCGGCAGCAAUGGCGGCGGCAGUCAUGGUGGCGGCAGCAAUGGCGGCAGCAGUCACGGUGGCGGCAGCAAUGGCGGCGGCAGUCAUGGUGGCGGCAGCAAUGGCGGCGGCAGUCAUGGUGGCGGCAGCAAUGGCGGCAGCAGCAGUCACGGUGGAGGCAGCGGUGGAGGCAGCAGCGGCAGCUCCGGGUCCAGCGGGGGAUACAAUCCCAACUCCUCCUCGGGGAGCGGGGUUGGAAGCAGUGGCAGAAACAAACCCGAGUGUGACAACCCAAACGUGUCCGGGGGAUCUGGGGGUCAGGGGCAGGGCUCUGGUGGAGAAGGCGAAGCUGUCAGUGGAAUCAACACCUUGAACUCUCAGACAUCUUCUGAGCCCUUCAACUUCGACACUUUCUGGAAGAAUUUUAAAUCCAAGCUGGGCUUCAUUAACUGGGAUGCCCUAAACAAGGGCCAGGCCCCACCCCCCAGCACUCGUGCCCUCCUCUACUUCAGGCGGCUCUGGGAGGAUUUCAAACACAACACUCCUUUCUUGAACUGGAAAGUCAUUACUGAGGGCGAGGACGUGCCAUCGCUUCAGAAGAGGGCAGGUGGGGCUGGCCAGCCUGGCACAGGAUGGCAAGAUGCAGUAGCUGUGACUGCUAAGAACUACAAUUACAACCAGCAGGGACCCCCUACAGCCCUUGGCGGGCAGUACCCAGCCAAGACCCCUGCUAAGGGGGGAGUCACGGUUUCUUCCUCGGCUUCCCGGAUGCACCCUGGCCUGCUGCAGUGGGUGAAGUUUUGGUAGAUCUGGGAGUGGCCGGUGUUCUACCAUCUUCUCUUUUCUUCUGGACAACCACUUCCGACCGCGACUGAGGCCCUGAGAAACAUGAGUCGUCAAGGGACCGGACUGUGCCCCUGCCCCAACCCUUGGUCCCGCAUGCCGACACCUGCCUUUUCUAGCUUGGAGUCCUGCCUGCCUGUCCCUUGUCUGCUCCCGCACACGGUGGUGAUGUCUCCCUGACCUCCAGUCUCGGGGGUACCCCAGCCGUUUCUGCACCGGCUCCAUUCUGUGACCUGAAGUCACCGUGACAAAAAUUCAGGAGGAGCGUCCUACUUUAGAGUUUCUCUGUG